CCUUUACUGGCGACUGAGGAGGAAAAUCAGCUGAAGGAAAACACUGCUGGCUAGUUAAAGUCAUGGCUGCGGAGAUUCACUCGAGGCCUCAGACCGCUAGGCCGGUCCUUUUGAACAAGAUCGAGGGACACUCAGACGCUGUCAAUGCAGCCGUUUUAAUCCCGAAAGAGGACGGAGUGAUCACGGUUAGCGAGGACAGAACGAUCCGGGUAUGGCUGAAGAGAGACAGCGGUCAGUACUGGCCGAGCAUCUACCACACAGUCUCCUCUCCGUGCUCUUGCAUGUCGUACCACCAUGACAGCAGACGCAUCUUCAUAGGCCAGGACAAUGGAGCCGUUGUGGAGUUUCUCAUCUCUGAAGAUUUCAACAAGAUGAACCACGUCAAAACGUAUCCAGCCCACCAGAACCGUGUGUCGGACAUGGUGUUCUCCCUGGAGAGCGAGUGGGUGGUGAGCACUGGCCAUGACAAGAGCGUGAGCUGGAUGUGCACCCAGAGUGGGAGCAUGCUGGGGAGACACUACUUCACCGCCUGGGCUUCCUGCCUACAAUACGAUCACGAGACGCAACAUGCCUUCGUAGGCGAUUACUCAGGACAGAUCACGCUGCUGAAACUGGAGAAGCAGACGUAUUCCACCAUCACUACACUGAAGGGUCAUGAAGGAAGCAUAGGAGCUCUGUGGUGGGACCCCGUCCAGAGGUUGCUGUUUUCAGGGGCCUCCGACCAUAGCGUCAUCAUGUGGGACAUCGGGGGCCGCAAAGGGCGGACGCUAUUGUUGCAGGGACACCACGAACGUGUUCAGGCGCUGCGUUACCUCCAGUUGACGAGGCAGCUGGUGUCGUGCUCAGCCGACGGGGGCAUCGCAGUGUGGAACAUGGACACACAGAGAGAAGAGGCGCCUCAGUGGUUAGACAGCGACUCGUGCCAGAAGUGUGAGCAGCCUUUCUUCUGGAACAUCAAGCAGAUGUGGGACACAAAGACUCUAGGUCUCAGACAGCACCACUGCAGGAAGUGCGGUAAAGCGGUGUGUGGAAAGUGUAGCUCCAAACGCACCACGUUUCCAAUCAUGGGCUUCGAGUUCCCUGUGCGGGUGUGUGAUGCCUGUUUUGACACCAUCAAAGAAGAAGAUCGAACACCACUGGCCACGUUCCACGAGGGGAAACACAACAUCGCCCACAUGGACAUGGAUCCAUCCAGAGGCCUGAUGGUGACUUGUGGAAGCGACCGCAUUGUGAAGAUCUGGGAUAUGACGCAGGUGGUUGGCUGUAGCUUAGCAACAGGCUUCUCUCCGCGCUGAUUGGCCCAGCCCACUACACGCCCCCCCCCCUGUGCUCCGUCCACUCUUCCAGUUUCAUGGAAACCCGUCUGUACAGUACAUCUGCCCAUCACGCCUGGGAUGUUCAGCUGCAACCAGGCCUGUUCUGGCUGAAUGUGCGUGUGCGUGUGCGUGUGUGUGUGUGUGUGUGUGCGUGUGUGUGUGUGUGUGUGUGUGUGUGUGCGUGUGUGUGUGUGUGUGUAGGGUGGGGUAUUGAUAGUGUCACCCUCCAUAUUCCUUUUUGCUUUUCAUAGAAAAAAGAAAAAUUCUCCUCCUGACAAAGAAAAUUUCACUGACUCUCAGUCCAACAUGAAGGCGCGUGUGUGACUGAUUGUUGACUUUUAGCGCUGAUCCCAAACAGAACCCUAAGCACAAUGGUGUGUGUGUAUAAGUGUGCAUGUAUCGUCAUGGUUUCUCCUGUGGGAGGAAUGGUAUUGAUAUUAGUGUUUACAUUCAAUAUUUCUGAUGCUUCUUUUGACAACAGUCAUUUUUUUUAUUACCCCUGCACUGUAAGAAUUUCAUCAGAUCUCUGACCUGCCAUUCCUGUAAAAACACACUAGCUUCUCUCCCUUAUUACUGUGGCCCACUAACUGCAUAUUGCUCAGUCACUGUAACAUGUACAAAGAAACCCUAAUCAUCUGUGUAUAGCUCUGCAUCAUGUGUAUAGUAGAUAGCUGCUUGAAAUGACUCUCACUGAUCAAAGUGAUCAGCUUUUUCUGUCUUUUUUUAUUUCCUCUCUUAUGCUCUUUAAUUUUUUUCUCUUUCACUAGUCGGCCUUAAAUCACUCUCAGGAGGUUUUACAUCAGUAGGUUGUCACUGGGCGGGGGCUCUUCAUGUCAGUCGUCAGCGUUAUUAAUGUGAGAUUACACGGGUGCAGUAGGAGCAUCAGCAGACCGGCCUCUUUCACACGUACGCCAAGGAAAUCUCUUUAAGUUGCUGCCACAGAGAUUUGAUUCGGUUGUCAGAUGUUUGCAUGACGGCACCGACCCAGCCUCCACCUCAUGAUCCCAGGUGAGGCAUGGGAAAUUGGAAUAUGUUGCCGUAGUAACAUUAGCUGACAGCCGCAUCGUCCGACAUCCUGUCGCAGCCGUCCUGAGGCAUGCCAGAGGAAAGUCUGCAACUUUAUUUAGAAGCAAGUUUGAAAAAAAAAAAAAAAAACAGCACAGCAUCAUCAUCUCCUAGGUAUUUAUCACAUUUAUCACUCUCUAGAAAACUUCAGUUGUGUAGGUAGAUGCCACACGGCACUGAUAGUGUAAACCCAAGACUCUAAUGCCUCGUUAGAAUUACUUUUCAUCUGUUGUUAAAAAAACAUAGCUAUUUUUUUUUUUUUUUUUUGUUGUUCAGAAUUGGAUUUCCUCCUACCAGAAAGGCACUUAGGUACUGAACAGGUACUCUAAACUAAAUGCAACAGUAAUGCUGGCAUGUUGAAUCGUCCCCAGGUGAAUCAUGGGUCGGAAGAGGGCUGCCCAUCUCCCUUCAAAAGCCUUAAAGAGAGAAGGACACACCUACAAAGCCUUUUUAGUGGUUUGUCAGAUCUUACAACUGUUCACUCGUGCUCGUUCACUCCCGUGCACUCACCUCGUCACAAAGCUCUGAAUAUCUCGUUGGCAUUUCAUUUUUUCUUUUUUUCUUUUUUUUUUGAGAUCCUGUUCUGAGCUCUCCCCUUUUUCCCACAAAUCUGUGUAUCAAGGAUGUCUCACAACGCUCGCACCACUGCACUGAAUUGCACAACUCGGUGGUCUUUGUCUUUGAAUUAAACAAAACGUUUUUUUCUAAUUUGAGAUUUGGGAGGGACAAUAGCUGGAUUCAAUGUAGCAUCCUUGUAAAUAGCGGCUAAUAUCUUCUAAUGUUAGACUAAUGCUUGCCUUAUUGUAAGUGGAAAAAUGAGCAUCAUAAUGUUGGAAAAUUCCUGAUUUCAAAAUGUAGUCACAUUCCAGUUUUUUGAUCAUGUAGUGUAUAUUUAUAUUUGUAGUAAAGUAUUUAUCUAU